AUGAAGCUCCUGAACGUUCUCGCUUUGGCGGGGCUGGCCACAGCUUGCUCUCAUGAUCAUGAUGAUAAGGAGUGGACGAAGGAGGAACUCGACGAGCUUGAGCAGAAAUGGGGUUAUGAGUGGCCCUUUGCUGGCAUCAACACAUUUGCCCAUCUCAACCAUGUAAAGUGUCUCACUGAACCCACCGAGCCCUUCGAUAUUGCUAUUGUCGGUGCUCCUUUCGACACAGCCGUGAGCUACCGCCCAGGAGCUCGUUUUGGCCCACGAGCGAUUCGCUCUGCAUCUGCUCGCCAGACAUCCAUGCGUGGAUUCAACCCUCGCGCUGGUAUCAACCCUUACCAGAACUGGGCCAAGGUUGUGGACUGUGGUGAUAUUUCUAUCACCCCCAUCGACAACAACAUUGCUCGCGAGCAGAUGACCCAGGCUUUCAAGCAGCUUGGUCGCCGCAAGACGGUUUCAGCACUUGCACCCAAGGCUCGACUGGUGACUUUGGGUGGUGAUCACUCUUUGGCUCUCCCUGCUUUGAGGGCGUUGAACGAGAUUCAUGGGAAGCCUAUCCAGGUCCUACAUUUCGACGCUCAUCUCGAUACCUGGAACCCAGCUGCCUAUCCUUCCUGGUGGGGAGCCACUCAGUUUACCCACGGCUCCAUGUUUUGGAUGGCCAACCAGGAAGGUCUCCUUUCAAACUCCUCCUCUGAGCGCUCCGUCCAUGCCGGUCUACGCACCAGGCUCUCAGGUAACGACUUUGCCGACAACGAGGACGACACCUCCCAAGGCUGGGUCCGCUUCACAGCCGACGAUAUUGAUGAUCUCGGUACCAAGGGAAUAAUCGACGGUAUCCUGAAAGUACUCGGUACCGAAAACCCUGUGUAUCUCUCUGUCGACAUCGAUGUUCUGGAUCCCGCCUUUGCACCCGGCACCGGAACCCCGGAGCCCGGCGGUUGGUCUACCCGCGAGUUCAUCCGCAUUCUUCGCGGCCUUGAGGGACUGAACCUAGUUGGUGCUGAUGUUGUUGAGGUAUCUCCUGCUUACCAGAAUGGUGGUGAGGAGACCGCUCUGGCCGCUGCUCAGGUUGUGUAUGAGAUCAUCAGCUCUAUGGUCAAGAGAGGCCUUCAGGAUGGUGGGAAGGAAGGCAAUGGCGGCAAUGCUAAGGAUGAGUUGUGA